CCGGGAGCGGGAACGGACUGCGGGGAAAGACCACCCCCCCCCCUCGUGCGGGUCGCGGCCGCGUCAGACGAGCUGCGGAGCCGCGGCGCAGCGGGCGCGAACUUGAGGCGCUCUGUCCGUGGCGGCGGAUCGCGUUCCCACCAUCUGCGAGGAGGAGGAGGGGGGGGCGAGGAGGGGGGAGGUUGAACGGCGAGACCGACCCCCCGCGAGCGUCACCGCUGCGACCCGUUCAUACCUGAGCUCGUUGAUCCACGGUAGCGCGGACGAUGUGACGGCUCGGGUUCAAACGCGCGUCUCUCGGGCUGAAUGCGACCAUGGGUCAAGGACUUGUGGAUUUAAACGCUAAAGGAAGAACCGGAGGCAUCGUCCGUUGCAUACUUUAAGCCGUCAUCUGUUCACUGACUGACCAGCUCCAGCCCCGUUCAGCCAGUACGCCGUGUAUUCGGCCACCACGGGAAAAUGAACUGCCACCGUUUAUUUGCCCUUCAAGUAUAGAAGAGCUGCGCUUUAUUAUUCUAAGAAGAGCAACGACAUCCGCCGAGACAUGGCUCGCCUGCUUGUUCUGGUCAACUCCGCGGUCCUGUUGCUUUUUGGCAGCGACAUGUUCCUGGUGGGAGCGAACCGGCCACCGGCUCCCGUCAACGUCUCCGUCACCCACCUGCGCGCCGACUCGGCAAACGUAUCCUGGGAGGUUCCGGAGGGAGACAUAAUAAUUGGCUUCUCUAUCUCACAACAGCGACAGGACGGUCACAUGCAGCGAUUCAUCCGGGAAGUCAACACCACCAGCCGCUCCUGCGUUCUCUGGGACCUUGAGGAGGAGACCGAUUACAUCAUCCAGGUCCAGUCCAUCGGCCUGUACGGGGAGAGCCAGGCCAGCAAGAAGGUCCACUUUCGCACGCUCAAGAAGUCCGACCGGAUCUCGUCCAACAGCUCCAACCAAGAUGACCCCACCGUGCAGGGCCUGGACAAGUCCCGGCAUCUACAGACGGGCGAGAUGAUCAUAAUCGUGGUGGUCCUGGUCAUGUGGGCAGCUGUUAUUGCCCUGUUCUGCCGGCAGUAUGACAUCAUCAAGGACAACGACUCCAGCAACAAUAAGGAGAAGGCCAAGCCGUCGUCGGAGAGGAGCACGCCGGAGCACCACAGUGGAGGGCUGCUGAGGAGCAAGUUUCAUCCUUCGGUGCCGUCCAUCAACAUCAUUGAAGUGUGAGAGAAGCGAGGCCGCGUUCUUCUUCCAUUAAUGCAUUUUUCGACCCUUCUCGCUGAUGAAGACGUUAGAGCGGACGGUUGCGUAACAGAAUCUGAGGUUUCCCGUGGGUCUCAAUCAGCAUGAAAGUCUAAGUCUGGCCAAGGCUGUCUUGCAAAACACACGUGCAUGCAUGCACACAGCAUUCGUAGGGAGAGACUAAACCACACACACACACACACACACACACACACACACACACACACACACACACACACACACACACACACACACACUAGUAACUCACUCCUGCAGGUUAUUCGUAGAUAAACUGAUGUUAACCCAUGGUACAGUUAACAUUGAUGUCUUUGCCAGGUGCUUGAUAUGUUAUCGCAAUACAAUCCCUAAAUACAACCUAUCAUCUCUGGGAGGCGUCGUCGUGACUUUAAAUACGCGGUGUAUUUUUGAUAUUGGCUUGUGCGGUCACACCACUUCAUCAUCACACAACCUGUUUUCUCAUUGCCCAUUGUGUUAUUAAACCACCUCAGCGGCUUCUUCAUAACGACUCAAAGCAAAAAUACUCAGCAGAAAUAAUCAAUUUAAGCGGCAUUUUUAGGAUAAAGCUGUAUUUUCACACAUAUGUGUAGAUGUACCUCGUCGGGAAGCUGCAUGCAGGUCAUUUGCCUGUAGACUAGCCUUUGCUGUGCAUCCAGAGUUAGAGAAAUAUGACGAUUCUUCUAUUCCACCCGCUUUCAGUCCAGGACCUCAUCUUUUAUCAGCCUGUGUUUCAUUUUAGAUCUUGUACAUUUCCUGACAAUUGUAUUACCCGAAGUGUAAAAUAAAGCUUCUUCCCACUACUAAUGUAA